AUGCACACGAUAUCGGCCGGCGCGCCGGACGCACCGCCAUUGGUGCUCGUUCCGGGCUACGGCGCGGGCGCGGCCUUCUAUUUCCGUAAUCUGGCCGGCCUGGCUUCGCACUUCCGCACGCACGCCGUCGACCUGCUCGGCACCGGCAUGUCCGGGCGGCCCAGUUUCCCAGCGCGCAGCCGGGAGGAGGCGGAGGGCUUCUUUGUGGAUGCUCUGUCGCGCUGGAGGGAGGCCAUGGGCGUCGACAAGAUGGUGUUAGUAGGCCACAGCCUUGGCGGCUACCUGGCAGCUUCCUAUGCGCUGCAGCACCCGGAGCACGUGCAGCACCUCGUCCUCGUCGGCCCCGCUGGCGUGGUGAGCAGGUGGAGCGUCCGGGGGCAGCUGUACCACCUCAGCAGAACGCUGUGGGAGUCCGGAGCGACGCCCGGCGCCGUCAUCCGAAGCCUCGGCCCCUGGGGACCCGCGCUCAUCCAGAAAUAUGCGCGCAACAGGUUCCGGGAGGGCAUGGGGCUGAGCACUGAGGAGGUGGCGGCGUUUGAAGAGUACUUCUACCACAUUAUGGCAGCGCGCGGCUCCGGCGAGCAUGCGCUCCGGCAUUUACUGGCGCCCUUUGCUCGCGCCAAGCACCCGCUCGAGGGCCGCCUGCACGACCUCAAGGUACCGGUGUCGUUCAUCUAUGGAGACUCGGACUGGAUGGAGCCGGCGGCCGGGCAGCGAGUGGCGCGAGCCGUGGAUCUGGUGGAGCGGGCGGGGCACUAUGCCUUCCUUGACCAGCCGCAGGAGUUUCUUCAGAAGCUGCUGAGUCAGACGUUGACCGCCUUCCCAGACUGGGACGCAAAACGACAGAAACCUGAUCAAGCCUCUGGAUGAUGGGCAAAUCUUAAAAUUUGGCCCUCAGAUGCUUCUUGGUGUAGACGUUUGCCAGAUGGUGCUGUCUUGUAUCUGUUCAUAGAGGCAUGUGAGCCUAUGAAGUUGAUAGUUUAUAGCAGUAUAAACCUAAAUAGCAUUGGGCCCGCUUGGAUGGACCUUUGUCGAAACGCAUCAAAGUUUCAUGCAGGAGAUCCACAUGGGUCUGCUUCUUGAAUUUCAGUUCCUUUGCAGCUUGUAAUCUUGGCAGCUUGUGAUUAUGGUAUACUGGGCGUUGAGCCGUUGCCCUCUUCGGGUUAAUAGCCUGCGCAACGUAUCCGCGAAUUGUGCUCUGUUCUCGUUGGAGGACUCCUACUGUCCUCUGGAAAAGCGGACACAGCUAUCGUGUACACAUUUCGGCCUUUGUUUAUUGCUGACAGAUAGCUAGAUGCAAGGGGUUGAUUAUCUUGAUUUGGUAAAUUUGCAGCAGUGGCAUGAUAUUUGGUGGAUUGUCUUAUUUGUGUGACCCCGAGGGCAUCUGCACAAGAGUGUACACGUAUCCUUUUUGUUUCUUCCGUCCACAGCUGUAGCAACUAAAAUUCUGGAGUUGUACCUGAUGUAUAAUCAGGUAGAACACUUGUAAAUCACAGUGGGGGUGUCC